AUGGUAAUCGACCCGGCCACCUCUCGAUUAUACGUCGGCGGCGUCAACCAUUUAUACGACCUGACCUCCGAGACGUUAUCCGUUCGGAUACACGCCCAAACCGGGCCGGAAGAUGAUGCUGAGGAGUGUCGUGGAGGCAAAAACGAUGAAUGCAAAGUCCCGAAACGACCCUACAAUUCCUACACGAAAGCGAUGGCCGUCUACGACAAAUCGAGCAAGUUGAUCGAGUGCACCUCCUUGUUUCAAGGCCGUUGUCGACUGCGAAAUCUGCACAACAUCAGCGAGACCCCCGUCGUUUCCGAGACUCCGGUUAUUGCCAAUGACGAGCCGAGCAGCGCUGUGGUCUUCGUCGGGGGCGGCCCGGUAGAAGAUCGUCACGUCCUGUACGUCGCCUCCACCUUCGUCCAAAACGACAAGGCAACAACCAAGCUUUAUGAGGGCCACAUCGAGAGCAAGCUGGUCAGGGUGUGCAAGGGCGAUCCGAACUACAACUCGUACACUGAGGUCUCUCUAACGUGUAAGAACAAGAAUAUGGACUAUAACCUGCUGACCGACGUCUAUCUGUCGAAGGCUGGCUACGAUUUGGCAAAGGAGCUUGAUAUUCGGGAGAACGACGCUGUACUCUACGGUGUCUUCCAGCUCGGCGAUCCCACUUCUAGCAAGAAGGAGGUUCCCACAGCCGAAUCCGCGCUGUGUAUUUACUCCAUGCGUGACGUUGAGGAAAUGUUCCGAGAAAACAUCAUGACUUGCUAUCAGGGAGCCGGAAACAAGGGCCUCGAAUGGCUUAACAUCCGCCAAGAAUGCGUGUCCACGAAACUGCGAUGGGAACAACUGAAAUGUGGCAGUGACGUGAACAAGCUGAUCGGAGGUGCCAAGGCGAUUGAGUCGAAGCCCGUGCUGGAGAUGGGCGGAAGAUUCACCGCUGUCGCCGCCAACACAACCCACAGUACGACGAUCGUUUUCAUCGGAACCGAUGAUGGGCGGAUUUUAAAGACGUCCAUCCAGUACCGGAACUCGACGUUCGUCUACGAGGAGCUGCACGUAUCGCCGAAUGAACCGAUUCUGCAGGACAUGGAAUUUUCGGAGACCGGCAAAUACGUCUACGUCUUGACGCCAAGAAAGGUAACCCGCAUCCCAACAUCCGAAUGCGGCUCCCUGGCUACGAGCUGCAGCGCUUGCGUAGGGAGGAAAGAUCCGUACUGCGGGUGGUGUGACGUACUCAAUCAAUGCACCGACGCGUCGGAAUGCCAUCGAGAUAUCCCGAAAAUGAAGGGCUGGCUCGACUAUCAGAACGAUUUGUGUCCCACCAUCGACCGCGUCGUCCCCUCCCAAAUCCAAGUGACCACCUCCGACUACGUGAACGUCACCAUCCAAAAUGUCGGCGAGGCCAAGGGAAAGCUGCGAUGCCAGUUUCGGUUUACAUCUCCAUACGACCAGGUUGUCGACGUCGAGCCGCCAAAACAUCACGGAGGCUCGGAUGGUACGAUACGCUGCGCAACACCCUCGCUGAACCGAAUCCCAUCCAUUCCGGCCAAUCAAUCGUACCUCGUCGCUGCUCUGGCAAUUACGCCAGAAGGACGUACGGCUCCUAUUGCCACCACCAACUUUACCUUCUACGAUUGUGGGAAGUACAAGAGCUGCUCGGAGUGUACUAGGAGCCAAUUCCCAUGCGACUGGUGCCUCGAGUCGAACGAGUGUGUCGACGGGAAGCUGACGGAGGACAAAUGCCGACAACAAAAUUUCAUCAAUGGAAUCGCGCGAAAAGGCCAAUCCUCCCGCCAGGGCCCCAACCACUGCCCCUACAUCAAGGCCCCGCACGGCAAGAUGUUUGUCGGAGUUGGGGAGAAGCGGAACGUCUCCGUGAAGGUGGCCAACCUCGACCCGUCCGUCAUGCACAAGUUCCGAUGCUCAUUCCGCAUCGGGCAGCAGCUCCACGAGAAACAGGCCGCACUUGUUGAUGAUGACACCAUUGUCUGCGAUGAGAUGCGCUUCAAUCAGCCCGAGCUGAAGAUGAUCAGCGGCACCGCCCCGGUGGACUUUCAAGUGAAUUGGUCAUCUCCGACGUCGGACGUGACGCACUCGUUUGAUAACGUCAAUGGAACGGCUGUUGAGGUAUAUCGCUGCGAGGAGUUGGCUUCGAACUGCGGGCUCUGCUUGUCCCUCGACCCCACCAAGUUCGACUGCGGCUGGUGCGAGAAGGAUGCAAAAUGCGUCCGCCCUCGCGCUUGUCGUUGGCGAAGCCCUAGUGACUGGCUGAACUCGACGCAGCUUUGCCCUCACCCCAUGAUCAUUUCCUUCGACCCGAAGAAAGGCCCCGCCCACGGCAAUACCAAGAUCCGCGUCACCGGCGUGAAUCUCGGGCGUUCAGCUGCUGAUCUUCGUGGAGCUGUCCUGGUCGCGAACGUCCCCUGCACCGUCCAAACAGCAGACUUCAUCUCGCCAUCCGAGUUCUACUGCACGACGAAAAAUGCCCCAGGCGUCGGCUAUAAGGGCCCGAUGAUCCUGAAACUUCAAGAUUCCCCCAUCUACUCUGUGGUCACCACCGAGCAGUUCAGCUACGUCGAGCCAAAGAUCUUGGGCGUGGACCCGGUGGAGGGGCCUACUUCGGGCGGCACCGACCUCGUGCUCACCGGCGAGAACCUCGACUCUGGCUCCGAGAUGGCGAUCAAAAUCGGCGGGUCCGCGUGUAAGAUGGACAACAUCGAGAUGAAGGUGGCCACCGAAUGCAAGGAGGCUUUUGCCGAGCUGCAGACGUCGCUGAACGCGUACUCCGCAGAGUUGCCGUUGGGCUCGUCGAUGGUGCCUUUCUUGGAGUACAAAGAAUAUGCGGCCAGGGUGCUAUUCCCGAACCUGCACAAGCACCCCGUACUCCGCGAACUUGAGGUGGACAGCACGAGGGCGGCCGCGGUGGAGAAUUCGCUGCGGGAGUUCCACAAGCUCAUCCUCAACAAGACGUUCCUCACCACCUGGGUCCGUGUCAUGGAGUCGAACAAGUACUUCCUUGGGAAAGAUCGUGUCUACGUCGGCUCCCUUCUGAUGGUCGUGCUCCAAGAGAAGAUGCCCUACUGCACAGAAAUCCUGAAGCAUCUCCUCAAAGAACUCAUCGAGCGGACCGUCGAGAAGAAGGUGCUGGAUUGUGAUACGGUCACGCAGGUGAAAGAAAAGUGCCUGGAAGCGAAAUUCCGCGCCAUCCCCUACUCGGAACGACCGAAGGCGGACGAUCUGGAUCUCGAAUGGCGAACAGGGUUGAAUGGACGGUUACUGCUCCAAGAUGUCGACAGCACAAGCAGGGUUGAGCCAUCCGGAUGGAAGAAGAUGAACACACUACUUCACUACCAAGUCCCCAACAACGCCGUCAUGGGGUUGAUGGCCAGGCAGAAUAGCUUGUACAAUUUGUCCCUCCUCUCCGAACGAAGCGAAAAAUCGACAAUGUCGAUCAAGAACUCCCCGACGCUUUCCCGGCCAUUUGGAACGUCUUCUUCGUCAUAUUCACGAGAGCACGAUACCCACAACAAGCUCUACCAUCUUGUGAAAACGCCCGAACACGGCCCGAAUGACUCGAAUGAGAAGAUGGUGUCCGAGAUUUACCUUACGAGACUUCUGAUGAUGAAGGGUACGCUCCAAAAGUUCAUCAACGACCUGCUGGAGGCGAUCUUUUCAACCGGAGGAAAUGCUGGUGGUCUACCGUACUGCAUCAAGUACAUGUUCGACUUUAUGGACGAUCAGGCCCAAGAAAACGGGAUUACGGAUCCGGAAGUGGUGCACGCGUGGAAGAGCAACGCAUUACCUCUUCGAUUCUGGGUGAAUUUGAUCAAGAACCCGCAUUUCUUGUUCGACAUCCCAAAACCUACCAAGGUGGAAGGCUGCCUCUCCGUCGUUGCCCAAACCCUAAUGGACGCCUGCUCGACCCAAGAUCACCAACUAACCAAAGACAGCCCCUCCAGCAAGCUCCUCUUCGCCAAGGACAUCUACCAGUAUAGGGAUCUCGUUGAUACAUACUACACUGACAUCCAGCGAAUGGGCCCGAUCCCUGAUGCCGAAAUGCAAGAUAUCCUUGCUGAGGAGAGCCGCCAGCACAAGGGUCAAUUCCACGUGUUCUCGGCCCUGAACGAACUGUACAAAUAUCUCGACCAAUAUCGUGACGGGUUGAUCGAGGCACUCGAACAUAGUGAAGCUGCUCAGGCUGCAAGGUUGCCGGCACGGUUACAGGACAUGCUGGCGAUGAUGGAGUCUCAGCACGUGCCCGACUACGACGGCUCAACCCUUGGCCAUCAGUACAACUCGGCCAGUCGAUUGAUGGGACGCCAU